AUUGCUUUCACUAUUAGAGUACAUAAUACCAAAGAAUUCUUGAACUCUAGUUUUCUCUUAUCAAACUCACCACCAAGUCACCUUUGAUUCUUAUCAAACUGUGUGUAGAACUUAGAGUCUAGUAUUUAUUGAGCUAUCAACUUCAAGUUCCCCCUAGCCUUAAAUGAUCAUAAUGAAGUGUGGCUCUAUGAAAAUCAAUGCAAACAAUCUCUGUGACUGAUUGACAGCCAUUAAGGUUCUACUAAUUAACUCCAUUUGGCAUCUAUCAAGACAUAGACAUGGAGAGUAGUAGAAAUAGAGAUCAUGUUUCACUUGAAAUUACAGAAGAAGAUGAGAAGCUUGCUUUGUCUAUAAAAGACAAAAUGGAAAAUGUUUCUCUCUCCCAUUGCAUCUGCAAGGUCCCGGAAAAACUUUUCAAGGACAACGAAGACAUGUACUUCCCCAAACUAGUCGCAAUCGGCCCUUUCCACCACGAUGAUCACCCUUUAAAUGCCACAAAGGAUCAAAAAUGGCGAUACCUCAACACGCUUCUCAAUCGUCAACCAAAUGUAGAGGCAUGCUUGAACAAUUGUGUCAUAGCACUUAAGGAGUCAGAAGCCAAAGUGAGGAAAUGCUAUGGUGAAAAAAUCAAUCUCAAUAGCGAUGAUUUAGUAACCCUGAUGUUAGUUGACGGUUGCUUCAUCAUUGAGCUCCUCUUGAAGUUCUCUAUGAAGAGUUUGAGGCGUAGGGAUGAUCUGUUCUUCAAGUCAAAAGACACGUUUUUCCGUCUGAGAUGUGACGUUUUCUUGCUUGAAAACCAAAUUCCUUUUUUCAUUCUGAGACGUCUAUUUGACAUUGUCCCAAUUCCUAGUCAGUGUACUCAGUCUCUCAUCGAACUAGCCUUAUCUUUCUUUAAAAGAAUGAUUCCCGGAGAUGUCCAAGCUCUUCAAGGAAAAUCUAACCAAGACCAUUGCCAUUUGCUUGAUUUGGUCCACAAUUGUUACCUCCCUACAUAUCUUGAAGUUCACUCAAAGGGCACGCAUAAACAUUUGCAUAGCACGACAAAGCUUCAAAGCGAAGGAAUUGGAUUUUCCAAGGCCAAAACGGAGAGCUUGCUUGACAUAAAUUUUGUGCUUGGUGUGAUCAAAAUCCCACCUCUAAAAGUCCACGAUUAUACAGAAAUCACGUUUAGAAACCUCAUUGCAUUGGAGAAUUGCUACGUUGAUCGCUCAAAACACGUCACCUCUUAUGUUUUUCUCAUGGGGAGCCUCAUCCAAUCCGAAAAUGAUGUGAGGAUGCUUUAUAGGGCGGGAAUUCUCACAAAUGGGCUAGAACGGAAGGAAGAGAUUAUUGGCCUAUUCAAUAAGGUCCGUGUGGACGUGGACGCGAAUGACUACUAUUAUAAAGGGCUUUGUGAACAAGUGAAGGAGUAUAAGCGAAGCAUUUUCAAGAAAAUUAAGGAUAGCUAUUCCAAGACUCACUUGGCAGUUGCAUGGUUCAGUCUUGCAGUUUUGUUCCUAGUUCUCACUUUCAUUGGAACUAUGUUUUCAAUACUCUCAUUCACACUCCACCAUGUUUAGGCAAGGCGAUAAGAUUGUGUUCAGUUUGUUACUUGUAUUUAUGAUUGUUUUCCUUGCAAAUUUAACUUCCAUUGAGGUAAUAAUUUAUAGUGGUUUUCUAUAGAUGAUUUAUGUAAUGUGAGUUGAAAAUAAUGUGUUUGAUUCACAUCAAGUUGUAUAUUAUCAUUGCUAUUGUUAUUAUACAGACAUGAUAUAUAUCUAGUUUGAAGAAA